GCUUGGCCGGGGAGGAGGACGCGGCGGCGAUGCCUGCCCGCUGAUCCCCGAGCCGGCGGGGAAGGCUCCCCGCUGUCCCAGCGCGGCGCUCCGGUGAUGCCCCAGCAGUUCCCCGCGGCAGCCCCAGCAGCUCGGUGAGGGGCCCGGGGCCCCAGCUCCCGGAGGGCGGCGGCACAGCUAUUGUCUGGAGUUUUUACUACUGGAGUCCAUGGCGUAUACAUUAAGCCCCUCCCCUGCUGGGCCUAUUGGGACCCAGUACUGUGUUUGCAAAGUCGAAUUAUCCGUGUGUGGCCAAAACCUUCUGGACAGGGAUGUGACCUCCAAAUCUGACCCGUUUUGUGUCUUAUUCAUAGAAGUCAAUGGCAAAUGGACAGAGAUCGACAGGACAGAGACAGCCGUGAAUAACCUCAACCCAGCCUUCUCCAAGAAGUUCAUCGUCGAUUACCACUUUGAAGAAGUGCAGAAGCUGAAGUUUGCUCUCUUUGAUCAGGACAAGUCGAGCAUGCAGCUGUAUGAGCAUGACUUCCUGGGAGAAUUCUCCUGCACCCUGGGCACGAUUGUCUCAAGCAAGAAGAUAACAAGAACACUACUUCUGGGAAAUGGGAAGCCAGCUGGAAAGGGGAUGAUAACGAUAGCUGCCCAAGAGCUGUCAGAUAACAGAGUGAUCACUCUCAGCAUGGCUGGCAGAAAACUGGAUAAAAAGGACCUGUUUGGAAAGUCCGAUCCAUUUCUAGAGUUUUAUAAACCAGGCGACGAUGGGAAAUGGAUGCUGGUCCACAGAACAGAGGUGAUUAAGUACACGUUGGAUCCCGUGUGGAAGCCGUUCACUGUGCCUUUAGUGUCGCUGUGUGAUGGAGAUGUAGAAAAGCUGAUCAAGGUCAUGUGUUACGAUUACGACAAUGAUGGGGGACAUGACUUCAUUGGGGAGUUCGAGACCUCUGUAGCCAAGAUGUGUGAAGCCCAAGAUACCUUGCCGCUAGAAUUAGAAUGCAUUAACCCCAAAAAACAAAAGAAGAAAAAGAAUUACAAGAACUCUGGCAUCAUCAUUGUGAAAUCCUGCAAAAUAACCAGGAAUUACUCCUUCCUGGACUACAUCCUUGGGGGCUGCCAGUUAAUGUUUACUGUUGGAAUUGAUUUCACAGCAUCCAAUGGGAAUCCGCGGGACCCCUCCUCAUUGCACUAUAUCAAUCCCAUGGGAACAAACGAAUACUUGUCAGCUAUUUGGGCAGUCGGACAAAUCAUUCAGGACUAUGACUCAGACAAAAUGUUUCCUGCUCUGGGGUUUGGUGCCCAGUUACCGCCAGACUGGAAGGUAUCGCACGAAUUUGCCAUUAACUUCAACCCCACCAACCCAUUCUGUUCUGGAGUGGAAGGCAUUGUCCAAGCAUACUCAGCCUGUCUGCCUCACAUACGCUUCUACGGACCAACCAACUUCUCUCCCAUUGUCAAUCACGUGGCUCGGUUUGCUGCCCAGGCUACGCAGCAGAAGUUUGCAGCACAAUACUUCAUCCUCCUGAUCAUCACGGACGGCGUCAUCAGCGACAUGGACGAGACGAGACACGCUGUGGUGCAGGCCUCCAAGCUGCCCAUGUCCAUCAUCAUCGUGGGGGUGGGCAAUGCGGACUUUGCAGCCAUGGAGUUCCUGGAUGGGGAUAACCGCGUGCUCCGGUCGUACACCGGCGAGGAAGCCAUGCGGGACAUUGUGCAGUUUGUUCCCUUCCGCGAGUUCCGCAGCGCACCUAAAGAAACUUUGGCCAAAGCGGUGUUGGCAGAACUGCCCCAGCAAGUCGUUCAGUAUUUCAAGCAUCAAAAUCUGCCUCCCCUCAGCUCGGAGCCAGCAUAGCGCUGGGAGCAUCGGUGUUGUCUGCAUGUUGCCGGUUUCCGAAGGGUGCAUGUUUCACAUGCUUUUAAACCUUUGUACUCUUUUAAUUUAAUUAGUUUAUUUUAUUAAAAACUCUCUGACCCGGAGAAGCAGCUGAAUUGGCUUUGUACGUUCCCGGGCCAGGGUAACAGUCGCGGGCAGAACGGAGACCUCUCCUGCCUCACUCCAGUCCCUCUUAAGUAUUGAAGGUACUUUGUAUAAUUUCAGUAGAACAGGAUGAAAACUUUUACAGAUCAGAACUUGCUUUUUUCCAAACAACAAAAUGCUUAAUAUAUUACCACCCACUCCUGUGUAUAGAUCACGUAUCUGUGCUGUACCCAUAAUCCGCUCAUGCUCUAUGGUCAUUUUUAUACUGUGUACAUGUUAUAUUUGUUAUACUCAGGUUAAUAAAGAAACUCAGAUAUUUAAAA